AUGGAGAGAUAUUUUGUGUUCAUUGCCACUUUUAUGCUGAUACUUCACCUUGUUCAAGCUCAAGAUCCAACCGGAUUCAUCAAUGUGGAUUGCGGUUUACCCCUUCGUGAGUCUCCUUACAACGCGAACCCAACCGGUUUAGCAUAUACAUCAGAUGCCGGUUUAGUGAACACAGGGAAAACCGGUAGAAUCGCCAAGGAAUUUGAACCGCUCUACACUAAGCCGAUCUUGACGCUGAGGUAUUUUCCAGAGGGAGCACGAAACUGCUACAAUCUAAACGUCACCCGCGACACCAACUAUCUGAUCAAGGCCACGUUCGUAUAUGGGAACUACGAUGGUCUUAAUCUAGAUCCGAACUUCGACCUUUACUUGGGUCCGAAUUUAUGGAGCACGAUGAAUACUAAUGAUACAAUAGAGGAGAUCAUUCAUGUGACGAAAAACGAUUCUUUACAGGUAUGUCUCGUUAAGACGGGUAUAAGUUUACCUUUCAUAAAUUCCUUGGAGCUACGACCAUUGCCGAGAACUGCGUAUGCUAGUCAAGGCGGCUCGUUGAAGUUCAUGUUCAGGAGGUAUCUUAGCAACACAGAUCGUACUAUACGGUACCCAUCUGAUGCCUAUGAUCGUAAAUGGUAUCCAAUGUUCGUGGAGGGCUCAUGGACACAAGUAACUACGAAUCUUACUGUAAAUGCUAGUAAUCUUUAUGACUUACCACAAGAUGUAAUGACAACGGGCGCAACGCCCCGAAACCCUAACGCGACAUUAAACAUUACGUGGACUUUAGAGUCUCCGACUACAAAGUAUUACUCGUACAUGCACUUUGCAGAGCUUCAGACUCUAGGGGCUAACGAUACAAGGGAAUUUAAUGUAACAAUGAAUGGGAAAUCUCAAUAUGGAUCAUAUAGUCCUAAGCCGCUAAAAACCCAAACCAUAUUCGACAUAACGCCAGGACAAUGCGACGGAGGGGCAUGCCUUUUGCAGCUUGUGAAGACGCCGGGAUCAACUCUUCCUCCGCUACUUAAUGCUAUUGAGGGUUACACCGUGAUUGAUUUCCCGCAAAUGGAGACAAAUGAAGAUGACGUUGCUGGUAUCAAGAAUGUUCAAGAAACUUAUGGAUUGAGUAGGACCAGUUGGCAAGGAGAUCCAUGUGUCCCCAAGCAGUUUUUGUGGGACGGUCUAAACUGCAAUAACUCAGAUAUUUCUACGCCACCAACAAUCACUUCUUUAGAUUUAUCUGCAAGUGGAUUAACAGGGAUCAUCACGCAAGCCAUUCAAAAUCUUACUCACCUGGAAAAGUUGGACUUGUCAAAUAACAAUUUGACGGGAGAAGUACCUGAAUUUUUAGCUAACAUAAAAACACUCUUGGUCAUAGACUUAAGUGGUAAUAACUUCACUGGCACGGUUCCUCCCUCACUUCUUCAGAAGAAAGGAAUGAUGUUAAAUGUUGAAGGAAACCCUCAUCUUCUUUGCGAAACUGGUUCAUGUGUGAACAAAGGAGAGGCUGGAAAGAAGAAAAAGAGUAUCAUUGUACCAGUGGUUGCAUCAAUUGUUUCGAUAGCUGUUCUUGUAGGUGCAAUCGUCUUGUUCCUUGUUCUCAGAAAGAAAAAGGCAUCAAAGGUUCAAGGGCCAGCACCAUCAUAUAAGCAAGCCUCAGAUGGUAGAUCAUCUGAACCGGCAAUAGUGACAAAGAAUAGAAGGUUUACUUACUCAGAAGUUAUGACAAUGACAAAUAACUUCCAAAGAGUCCUUGGGAAAGGAGGUUUUGGAAUCGUUUAUCAUGGUUUUGUCAACGGUACAGAACAAGUAGCUGUUAAAAUGCUCUCCCAUUCAUCAUCGCAAGGAUAUAAAGAGUUCAAAGCUGAGGUAGAACUUCUUCUUAGAGUUCAUCACAAGAAUCUGGUAGGUCUUGUUGGGUAUUGCGACGAAGGAGAGAACUUGGCUCUUAUCUAUGAAUACAUGUCCAAUGGAGAUUUAAAGGAACAUAUGUCAGGAGCACGUAACCGCUUUAUAUUGAAUUGGGGAACUCGACUAAAUAUAGUCGUCGAUUCGGCACAAGGACUUGAGUACUUGCAUAGUGGAUGCAAACCACCAAUGGUUCAUAGAGAUGUCAAAACUACAAAUAUAUUGUUGAAUGAACACUUCCAGGCCAAACUUGCUGAUUUUGGACUUUCGAGAUCAUUCCCAAUCGAAGGUGAAACUCAUGUGUCAACAGUUGUUGCUGGAACUCCUGGAUAUCUUGAUCCUGAGUACUACAGAACAAACUGGUUGACAGAGAAGAGUGAUGUUUAUAGUUUUGGGAUUGUAUUGUUGGAGAUGAUCACAAACCGACCCGUGAUAGACCAAAGCCGUGAAAAGUCACAUAUAGCAGAAUGGGUGGGAGUAAUGCUGACAAAAGGAGACAUCAAAAGCAUUAUGGAUCCAAGUCUCAAUGGAGAUUACGAUUCUGGUUCUGUGUGGAAAGCUGUUGAACUAGCAAUGUCUUGUCUCAAUCCUUCUUCAGCAAGAAGACCAACAAUGUCUCAAGUUGUUAUUGCAUUAAACGAGUGUAUUGCAUCUGAAAAUGCAAGAGGAGGAGCGAGUAGGGAAAUGGACUCGAAGAGUUCUAUAGAAGUGAGCUUGACCUAUGGUACUGAAAUGAGCCCAGCGGCUCGAUAG